UUUACUCUAACUAAUGAAUCGAUUAUAUUAUUUGCCUAAGAACAGCCCCAAGAGUUCAUUCUUUUUCGUCGCCCCGUGUGUGAUUGCCGGCUCUAAAUUACCCUCUGAUUUCCGCUCCCGGCCGGCGAGAUCUCCGUACAGGUGGUCGAUAUAGAGAAAAGAUCUUCAUGGGAACUGAGAACCUUAACCGUCCAAAUUAUCCAUUAAGACCAGCUGCAACACCUUUUGCUGCUCAACAAGGUACAACACCCUUUGGAUCAUCUGGUCCUGUGGUUGGAUCAGAAGCUUCUGCAUUCAGGCCUGCACCUCCUGCUUCCUCUCAAUUUCAAAGACCUCCCUUAUCGAGUGGACCUUUUGUUGGAUCAGAGCCAACUAGCUUUAGACCACCUCCAUCAAUCAGACCAAAUGACCUGGUUAGACCACCUCCACCAUCAUUGUCGUCCUCAUAUGGCCCACCAGCUUCUGGAUUUCCGAGUUCCCCUGCUCCUCCACCACCCUCGAUCGGUCAAGUACCUCCUCCACGUACCUCACUCACAGGCCAGCCUGUAGCACCUCCACUCACCAGACCUCCUCCAGGUCAAGUUCCUCUUACACAGCCCCAGCCACCUUCAGUGCCCAUGGGAUCACCUCCUCAAAGCCUUAAAAUGGGACAACCUAAUCCAAAUAUUCCCCUGCGUCCUGACCAACAAUUCCCGCCUGCUAGGCCAAAUGCCCAACCUUCAGCACCCUUACCAGGGCCACCUUAUCCUACUGCCAGAGGUACUUAUCAGCCAGCAUUUCCAGGCUAUCCUAAUGCCCAGCCAUCUUCUGUUGCACAAGCUCCACCUAUGCAGCCUGCCUCCUUCCCACUACAACAAGGGGGCUUUGCCCCAGCAGCACCCCCCGCUCCUUUUCUUGGACGACAAAGAGGUCCAGUUUCUGGUAUACUUCCAUCAGGCCUCUAUCCAGGGAACCAAGUGCAGCAACAUGGCAUCACACCUCCCAUUGCUCCAUCACAGGCACUGGCAGAAGAUUUUAGUUCACUCUCUCUUGGAUCUGUACCAGGAUCAUUUGAAACAGGUCUUGAUGUUGCAGCCUUGCCAAGGCCACUAGAUGGUGAUGUAGACCCAAAACCUCUUGCUGAGAUGUAUCCCAUGAAUUGUAGUUCUAGAGUGUUACGACUGACGACAAGUGGCAUACCCAACUCUCAAUCAUUGGCAUCACGUUGGCAUUUACCUGUAGGAGCAGUUGUUUGCCCUCUUGCAGAAUUUCCUUUUGGAGAAGAAGUACCAGUAAUUAAUUUUGCCACGACAGGCAUCAUCCGGUGUAGAAGGUGCCGCACUUACGUCAAUCCAUAUAUCACUUUCACAGAUAGUGGAAGAAAGUGGAAAUGCAACAUAUGCUCGCUGCUCAAUGAUGUUCCGGGUGAUUAUUUUGCUCAUGUGGAUGCUAGUGGUCGAAGAGCUGAUUUGGAUCAACGGCCUGAGCUCACAAAGGGUAGUGUUGAAUUUAUUGCUCCAGCAGAGUACAUGGUCCGCCCUCCCAUGCCACCACUGUACUUUUUUCUCAUAGACGUCUCAAUAUCUGCAGUUAGAAGUGGAAUGCUUGAGAUCGUGGCACAGACUAUUAAAUCUUGUUUGGACAGCUUGCCUGGUGCUCCCCGAACACAGAUUGGUUUUAUAACUUAUGAUAGUACAAUACAUUUCUAUAAUAUGAAGUCAUCAUUGAUGCAGCCCCAGAUGAUGGUCGUCUCAGAUUUAGAUGAUAUUUUUGUUCCACUGCCAGAUGACCUCCUAGUCAACUUGUCAGAAUCCAGAGGUGUGGUGGAUGCAUUCCUUGAUAGUCUACCCUCCAUGUUCCAGGAUAAUAUGAAUGUAGAAUCUGCCUUUGGUCCAGCUCUUAAAGCCGCAUUCAUGGUUAUGAGCCAACUUGGUGGGAAGUUGUUAAUCUUCCAGAAUUCCCUGCCAUCACUAGGUGUUGGUCGCCUAAGGCUGCGUGGAGAUGACAUUCGAGCAUAUGGAACAGAUAAGGAACAUACUUUACGAGUACCAGAAGAUCCAUUUUAUAAACAAAUGGCUGCUGAUUUUACAAAGUAUCAGAUAGCAGUGAAUGUCUAUGCUUUUAGCGACAAGUACACAGAUAUAGCAUCCUUAGGAACACUAGCAAAGUACACGGGUGGUCAGGUCUAUUAUUAUCCAAGUUUCCAGUCCAGUGUUCAUUCUGAUAAACUAAGACACGAGCUGAGCAGAGAUCUUACCAGAGAGACUGCAUGGGAAGCCGUCAUGCGUAUCAGAUGUGGAAAAGGAGUGCGGUUCACAUCUUAUCACGGAAAUUUCAUGCUACGAUCCACAGAUUUACUUGCACUUCCUGCUGUCGACUGUGAUAAAGCUUAUGCAGCACAGCUGUCUCUUGAAGAGACACUGUUAACCACUCAGACUGUGUACUUCCAAGUUGCAUUACUAUAUACAUCAUCCUCUGGAGAAAGGCGUAUCAGAGUACACACUGCAGCUGCUCCUGUCGUUGCAGAUCUCGGAGAAAUGUAUCGCCUGGCUGACACGGGGGCAAUUAUUUCUUUAUUUUCCAGGCUAGCAAUUGAAAAAACUUUGUCCUCGAAGUUGGAAGAUUCUCGGAAUGCUGUUCAACUUCGAAUUGUCAAAGCCCUCAGAGAAUAUAGAAAUCUUUAUGCUGUUCAACAUCGAUUGAGUGGAAGAUUGAUAUACCCCGAAUCACUAAAAUUCUUGCCCCUGUAUGGAUUAGCACUAUGCAAAUCAGCAGCCCUUCGUGGUGGAUAUUCUGACGUGCAGCUUGAUGACCGCUGUGCAGCUGGUUAUACCAUGAUGGCCUUACCUGUAAAAAGUUUGCUAAAAUUUCUAUAUCCAAACCUAGUUCGUGUAGACGAGUUCCUUGUACAAGGAGAAGAAUUCGACAUCACAAGGAGAAUUCCGCUGACUGCUGAGAGCUUAGAUACCCGAGGUCUCUAUAUCUUGGAUGAUGGUUUCCGAUUUGUCAUAUGGUUUGGCAGAUCUAUUUUACCUGAUAUAGCGAGAAAUUUGCUUGGGGAAGAUUUCACCGGGGACUUCUCAAAGGUUAAGCUUUCACUAAGAGACAAUGAAAUGUCGAGAAAGCUGAUGACUAUACUCGACCAGUUCAGGGCGACUGACCCGGCGUAUUAUCAACUAUGUCAUCUUGUGAGGCAAGGCGAGCAACCAAGAGAAGGUUUUUUCCUACUUACCCAUCUAGUCGAGGACCAGAUUGGUGGCGCAAAUGGUUAUGCUGACUGGAUGUUGCUUCUAUUCCGCCAAGUCCAACAAAAUGCUUAAGAGAGGUACCGAUGAUAGUGGCAGAUUGAAGCUUGAGCUUUGGAGCUGAUGAUCAAAGUUUGUAUUUCAAAGUUUUGGGACGCCAUACGAUUAUGUGUAAGUACGUUUUUAGACGGCGAAUCGAAUCGCCUGAUUAAGUUGUGAUUCUGCUACUCUAAAAAGAACUUCCAAAGUGAUGGAUAAUUCAUUCUAAAGAGGAGAAUUACUUGAGGUGUGCUUUUUGAUUUGGUAAUGAAGAACAGUUUUUAUUGAAAAUUUCAAAAAAAUAAAGAUAGAACUCCAUGAAUUCAUUUCAUGAAGCUCUCUUUAUUUUUUGUUGAGACACUUGUUUUUUUUGUUUUUUGUGUUAUUUCUUAGGUUACUUUUGGUGUACUAUUACUAUUUUGGAUUUUAGGGCUCUGUAUUUAGAGAACUAACAUCUUUUUAUCGAAAAUUUUAUUGGGUUUGAUUUUUGCA